AUGGCCAAGACCAAAGAAGACGCUAAGGACAAGAUCCCAAAGCUCACGCCGCAGCAAUCCGCAGAAGUCAUUCUCGCGUACCUUAAGCAGACGAAUCGUCCAUACUCCGCCAAAGAGAUCAGCGAGAACAUCAAAGGCGCCAAGACGGCCGUCAUCACGCAAGCUGCAGCGCAGAAGUUGCUGAAGGACUUGCACGAGCGAAAGGAGAUCGAGGGCAAGGCAUCUGGCAAGAGUAUGCCCGAAGAAGAUGAAGACUUUCACGAGAAGCUUGCCGCCACUUCUGCCGAGACUACUCGUCUUCGCGAGGAGCUUAUCGCUAUGAAGGAUGAGGAGAAAGAGCUUCGUCUCUCCCUCCGUCAAGGCGCCAAUACGAUUCCGCUUGGAGAGAUCAAAAAGAAUGUCGCUGCUAUGACCACUGAGAAGGCACAGCUCGAGGAACGUCUUGCCAAGCUCAAGAAUGGCAGCACCAAGCCUAUCGAUCCAGCCAAGCGUGAUCGUAUCAAUAAGAGCUACAAGAAGCUGUCUAAGCAGGCCAGCAACCGUCGAAAAAUUUGCAAAUUUUUGUGGGAAACAGUUCUCGAUGCUCUUGAGAAUGGCAAUGCAGACCCGGAGACGAUCAACGAUCUGAAGGAGGAGUUUGCGGUCGAUAGCUGGUUGUGA